AUGCCCGGACAAGUAAAUGAAGAAACAGGCCAAGAUACGCCUUCCCACCACAUAGAAGUGGUCGAAGAAGAGUCCCAUUCAGAGCGGGGAGAUGGCCAACAGCCCAGUCCGGGUUUGAGGGAUAGCAAAGGCUGGGAUGGCAAAUUACGAAUUGAUCGGAAUGCUCUCAUCCAGAAUCCCGAGGCUUUAUCGGAUCCCGACUAUUCCGAUGAGGACCACGUAGUUCCGGGCGAAGAAAUCGGUGCCGAUGAAGAUCUUCUCGAUGACGAAGAUCCCGAUACAGACGACGUUAGUCUCGCACAUUCACGAGUCUCUUCCAUCCCCGCCCUUCGAUUAGAACGAUUUAAGAAGGCCGUCCGGCUAUGUCUACGGCAGAAUCUCAUCCAACACAUUGAGGGGCUAUCCGAGUUAGGCCCCACAUUGGAGGAGCUUGACCUCUACGAUAAUCUAAUUUCCCACGUUAGGGGAUUGGACAACCUAACUAAACUCACUACCCUUGAUCUUAGCUUCAAUAAGAUCAAGCAUAUCAAACACAUAGAGCACUUGACCGAACUCACCGAUCUCUUCUUCGUUUCCAACAAGAUCAGCACAAUCGAUGGGCUAUCAACUUUGACGAAACUCCGGCAACUCGAGCUAGGAUCUAAUAGAAUAAGAGAAAUCAAGAAUCUCGAUGCGCUGAAGAAUCUGGAGGAGCUUUGGUUAGCAAAGAACAAGAUUACUGAGCUCAAAGGUCUUGGAGGCCUUCCCAAACUGAGGCUUCUAAGUAUUCAGUCCAAUCGGAUUACGGAUCUCUCCCCUCUACGUGAAGCUCCCCAGUUGGAAGAACUGUACAUCUCGCACAAUGCUCUUGAAAGUCUUGCCGGCUUAGACGGGAAUCCGAACCUGACGAUCAUCGAUAUUUCGAACAACAUGAUAAAGAGUCUAGAGGGAGUUGGUAAUCUGAAGAACAUCGAAGAAAUAUGGGCAAGCUACAACCAGAUAUCUGACUUUGCAGACAUUGAACGGGAGUUGGCCGACAAGGAGAAUUUAACAACGGUAUACUUUGAAGGAAACCCGGUGCAGCUGAAACAACCUGCUUUAUAUCGGAACAAAAUACGACUAGCCCUGCCACAAGUGCAACAGAUCGACGCUACCUUUGUGAAAACUGUUUAA